AUGCUGAGCUUAUCACUGAGUAAUCAUGUUCCUCCAUUAACGCUCUUGAGCUAUGAACGAGGAAUCCUCAAGCUCAGAUGCCGAUCGUCCUUACUGUUUCACCAAGUCUUCCGUAGUAGGGCCCUUCUCGUUUCGAAUUCUUCAUCUUCUUCACCUGGAGUUGUUGCUAUUUCGGCCUCUUCUUCUCCGGUCGCGGUUCCGGAGCUAGAUGAGGGGGACAACUCCGAUGAAGAAUUACGCCGUCUAUUGGCGCUUGUACCGGAGGAGAUACGACGGACACUGGAGGAGCACCCUGAAAUUAGUGAACUCAUAGAGGUAGUGUUGGAUUUAGGUCGUAAGCCUCUGGCGCGAUUCCCUUCUGGAGAUCUCGUUAUCUCCGAAGACGCCGUCAGGGUUAAGGAUCUGGAAUUCGCUGUCUCUCAGGUUGGAGAGUUUACUAAUGACAACCGAGCCGGAAUCAGCCGGACGUUGCACCGGAUUAGCGCCAUAAGGAAUCGGAAGGGAGACGUUAUCGGCUUAACUUGCCGCGUUGGUCGAUCUGUUAGAGGAAGCGCCAAUUUGCUGCGUGAUCUCGUCCAAGAUGGGAAUUCGUUGUUGCUUAUUGGUCCACCAGGUGUGGGGAAGACUACAAUGAUUAGGGAGGUGGCACGAAUGCUUGGAAAUGACUAUGGGAAGAGAGUAAUGAUUGUUGAUACUUCCAAUGAGAUUGGUGGUGAUGGUGAUAUACCUCAUCCAGGGAUCGGCAAUGCUAGGAGGAUGCAAGUCCCUAACUCUGACAUACAACACAAGGUACUGAUAGAAGCAGUAGAAAACCACAUGCCCCAAGUGAUUGUGAUUGAUGAGAUUGGAACUAAACUUGAAGCGAUUGCUGCAAGCACGAUAGCAGAGCGUGGAAUCCAGUUAGUUGCCACGGCUCAUGGAGCGACCAUAGAGAAUUUGAUUAAGAACCCUUCAUUGGACCUCCUCGUUGGAGGUGUACAGAGUGUGACUCUUGGAGACGAGGAAGCGACCAGAAGAGGUGGCACGAAGACUGUCCUUGAAAGAAAAGGACCUCCAACAUUUAACUGUGGUGCAGAAAUAGUUUCAAAGACUGAAGUUCGUGUUCAUCGUAGUCUUGAAGCAACUGUUGAUGCUGUCCUCGCAGGUCGCUUACCAAACGUUGAAAUCCGCAAAAUAAACUCUAAUGGAGUGGAAGUGAUUAUGGAGAAGAAGGAACCUUUCAUCGACGUGAGGACUUUGGAUAAGAAACAUGAAGAGGAAACAUUAGAUGUUUCAAAGCUCGCCAAGGAGGAAACUAUUGCUGAAGUCCUUCCAACGAAGGAGGUGACUGAAGCAGAAUCUUCAGAGCAGGAGACACCGAUGUAUCUAUAUGUAUAUGGGAUUGCAGAAUCAACUGUUCUUCAGGCAAUCAAGCAACUGGAAAUGGAAAUUGCUGUUGAGUUAACCGACAACAUUAGCGAAGCAGAAGCCUUUCUUGCAUUGCAAUCCAAGAUCAGAAAGAAUCCCCGGAUAAAAUCAUUAGCCACAUCUCACGGUAUACCUGUUUAUGUAACCAAGACUAGCUCAGGUAUUCAGGUGGCCAAGGCAAUAAGGGCAUUACUAACCGACUACGAAGAGGGACUCGGAGAAUUUGGAUCAGAAGAUCGUCCAAAGUUAUCUGAAAAAAUGGACGCCUUAGAGGAAGCAAGAUUAGCGAUAGAGCGGAUAGUGAUACCGAAAACGGAACCAGUCGAUCUACUCCCGAGGCCAACACAAAUCGUGUCUCUUCAAGGAAAUCUUGUCAAGAAGUAUAAUUUACGAUCAGAAAGAAAAUGGAGAGGAACUGAGGUGUAUUUACGGAUCCUCCCUUAUGGUACAGACCAAGACAGAGAAGGCGAUGAAGAGGAAGAGGAAGAGGAAGAAGAGCUUGAAGAGUUCGGUUGUGCCACCGGCGAGUCUAAUGGUUCGCCUUACGGCAUCGACAGGUUACCUCUAUUGCCUGACUAG